GCUACAACAUCUUUCCUCAGCUUUCAAUUAUCAUUCACUAAUAAUGUCUGGACGCGGCAAAGGUGGCAAAGUGAAGGGGAAGUCUAAGACUCGUUCUACGAGGGCUGGUCUUCAGUUCCCAGUGGGUCGUAUUCAUCGCCUGCUACGUAAAGGAAAUUAUGCAGAACGCGUUGGCGCUGGUGCUCCAGUUUACUUGGCAGCAGUUAUGGAAUACUUGGCUGCUGAGGUUCUUGAAUUAGCAGGCAACGCAGCUCGUGACAACAAAAAGACGAGAAUUAUCCCCAGGCAUCUUCAACUGGCCAUCCGUAAUGACGAGGAGUUGAAUAAGCUGCUGUCAGGAGUUACAAUUGCCCAGGGUGGAGUCCUUCCCAACAUCCAAGCCGUCCUCCUUCCCAAGAAGACCGAGAAAACAAGUUCUUAAGUCUUUUUUUCCUAUAUUUUUCCUAUAUUUAAAUCAAUCGGCCCUUUUCAGGGCCAUCAAAUACUUUAACGAAGAAUCUUUUAUAACGCAUCCAAUAAUUUUUUUUCUUAAACGC